AGGGCGGUGACGCUUUGUGGGAACCGCGUGACUCCUCCUGCCUCCCGUGUUGCCAAACAGCAGAGCGGAAGUCAUUGUUCAUCCCAAAGGGAAAGAAAUAGGACUGACAUGGAGUCAGAAAGCUUAUAACAUCUCAUCAGAGGCUCAGCUACAGGUAUGGGGUCUGUUCCCAGCAAGUGUGAGGGUAGGGGGGCGGAUUUACCACAAAGUGGGAGUGGCCAGGACAAUGACUGCCAGCCAAUAAUACAGAAGGAGGACAGCAGGAGACACAGCUCUCCAGAGACAGUGCACUGUCCCACCUGCCAGGGAACGGGACGCAUACCCAGAGGUCAGGAGAGCAAGCUGGUGGCUGUCAUCCCCUGCAAUGACCAGAGGCUGAGACCCAGACACACGAAGCUGUACAUGGCGGUGUCCGUGGCGCUGUGUCUGCUGGUCAGCUCCCUGGUGCUGUUCUUCCUGUUCCCCCGCUCUGUCCUGCUCUCUCCUGUCGCCGUCAAGUCCUCCUUCGUCUACUUCAACAAGGAAGAUGUCCAGAUCAACAUCACGAACGUCAUGAACAUCACAAACCACAACUUUCUGGGGGUGCAGGCCACCGACCUGACGGUGCGGGUCCUGAACUUCGACAUGGUGGUGGGAACAGUUUCGAUUAAGAACGUCGCCUCCAUCCAACCCCUGUCCAACAUCAUGUACUCCUUUAUGAUCCCCGUUAAUCUGACAGACCCUGAUCUGAGUGACUACUGUAGGAAAGCUUCCCUGCCCGUCCACAUUCUGUAUCUGCACCUACAGAUUUCUAUGACAGUGUACUACUUGGUCCACUAUGAGCAGCUAUCCCUGGAGACAUAUGAGUACAUCGACUGUGGGUCAAACAGCACCAUACCACACAGUGUGCAGCCCCCACCCCCCUGAUGGAUAGAUGGUGGAUUAAUGAGCACAUAGAGGUAAAGGCAGGACAGAAACUGGGGACAGACUCUUUUUCUUUUCUAUGUCCCUUAAAAGUUGGAUCAUCUUAAUUUGAUAUCAGGAUGCCUUUAACACUCAUCCUGGAUAAAUGUAUGGAUUUAAAGACCUGGAAAGUUAAUGUGAAUUGAGUGACUAUAUGAAGAAUGAACCUCAUGUAGCUAAUGCUAAAAGGCUAACAUGGACAGGAUUUAUGGUUCGGGUUAUUGUUUUUUUUCUUAGCGGAUGCAAUGCAUUAAUUUGAUAAAUCAAUGAAGUCAUAUGUUAAUCAAUAUAAAGAAAAGAACAUGGUGAUGAAGGAUCCUGACGUGAAAUGUAUUUAUUACACGGCUAAGUUGAAUACUUGAUACUGAUUGGUCAGUUUGGAUAUUCAGAGGUUUGCUCUUUUUCGCUAGCAGACUGCUGCUAAGGAAUAAAGACAGCUGCUAAGGAUAACAGACCUUUGUUAAGGAUAACAGACCUUUGUUAAGGAUAACAGACCUUUUUUUAAGGAUACCAGACUGCCGCUAAGAAUAACAGACGAGCGUUGCUAAGGAUAACACACUGCCGCUAAGAAUAACAGACGAGCGUUGCUAAGGAUGACAGACCUUUCUUAAGGAUAACAGACUGACGCUAAGGAUAACAGACGAGCGUUGCUAAGGAUAACAGACUGCCGCUAAGAAUAACAGAUGAGCGUUGCUAAGGAUGACAGACCUUUCUUAAGGAUAACAGACUGCCGCUAAGAAUAAUUGACGAGCGUUGCUAAGGAUAAUAGACCGUUGCUAAGGAGGCUCACAUCCGGUCAAAACAAUCUGCAGAAAGAAUUUCAUUUAAUGUAACCUCUUGUGAGGAUCCUGCAUCACCAUGUUAGUGUCGCUGUUCUCAUUAAUGACCGCCUCGCUGCACAUUAUGCCUUACUUAAAAAACUAAGUGAAUGCCGUUUUAAGAAGCAAUGUUUUUGUGUUGUCCUGAGCUGAAAAAGAUGUUGUAAUGCAAAUAAGUAAGAGAAAAUUCUGUAGCAAAAGUACAAACUAAUGAAACAUCCUAAUGAUUUGAGUUAUGUUAUUGCGUAAUCGCACAGCAGCUGAAGAUGGUGGCUUUAAGCAUUUCCCAUAUACUCUGAUGAUACCUACACAACAAUCUCAACACACCAAUAAAAUGCUUCAACAAAUGUAUAAA